ACAAUGUCUUCGACUGAAGUCGUGAAGGGCUCUGAGCCCUGUUUCGUUAGUACUCGACCAUAUCAAAACACGACAACUAUUGAAGUUUAUAUUACCAAUAGCAACAUGACCACCGAUGAGAAGAAUAAGAUGUGCCAAACUCGAGUCGAGAAAUGGUUUUCUUCACCAGACCACCCCUUGGCUACAUAUACUGCUCGACAAGAUGAGGAUCGGCUUAAUAGUGGGAAAGGAAACAUCCUGGACGAUGCUGAGAAGGCCGGCACGUAAGGGCUUGUCACGUAGCCAGUCCACCCUAUAGGGUGCCCUGCUGUGGAGCUGCC